ACUAACGAGAAUGGAACAGGACCUGCCGGUGUUCCGAAGAUGGGUGCAGGAGGAGGGAGCAUCCACCACGACUUCAGAUACCUCUGGUUCUACACAGAAACGUGACCGCGAGCCGACUCCAUCCAAAACACCAAGGGCAUUGAAAAAGUUCUGUGAUAAACCAGCAAGUCCGGGAAAAGGGGCUGCCGUUCGUGUCAACAUCGCCCAGGUCAUUUCUGAUCAAGAGGUGCACAAAUCUGAGAAUGCUUUGUUGGUGAAACAUAUCAUGAACAAAAAAUGGAAAGCAGCGGCCAAACUAAUCAUGAAGCAUGAGGAGCUUUCACAGGAAGUGAAGGCCAGCAUCCUUACAGUCAUUGAAAGUGAAUCCAGAGCACUCUGCGACCCCAGCAAGAAAUGCAUGUUGUGGAGGUCUUCACCAGAAGAUUUGAGUUCUUUCUCAUUUAGCAGCCUGGAGUCAGACCUGCAGCGCCUCUCACCACUCCUCUUGUCCAUCUUCACAACCAUCACAAAACACUCACGUUUUGUCACCUGUGCUGCUGCUGCAAUUGCAUUAAGAGGUAGAGAAAAUCGCCUGUCUGGGUUCGCUUACUACAUCAACUGCAUUCUGCAAUAUGGGGGUGCAAAGAAAGCAGUGUUUGAAAGGCUGAGCAAAUUUGCCAUUUCAACAACAUACAAGAAUGCUAUUGGAAAGCAGAAGGAAUUGGCAAACAAUUGUGGAUCUGGUCUUUGGUCAUUGAAGAGGCAAAACGAAGAAUUCCUGGCAAUUGAAGCUGGGUGUCAGCCUGUCAGUGAAGAGCAGGACGAAACCUCCAUAGAUACCUGGACGGAGUCUGAGAUGAUACCCGGUGAUGUGUUCCGAAGUAUGGAAGACCUUCGAUUAUCAGGUGAGAAGUAA